AUGAAUCCAGAUCGACCAGAUUGCUUGGAUCAUCUCCUGACGAUCUCCCGAAGGAUGCGAUUCUUGUUCGGAUGCUUCGGCGCUAAAGAUGACGACGGCGACAACACCAAUCCACUGAUCCCUUCUGUGAACGAAGCUCCUUUCCUAUUGGAAAAUAAGCCUGCAUCUUUACAUGUACGCGAAGAGCAUAGAGUUGUGUUCAAGGAUAUGGAAAACGGUUCAAAAUCUGCAGAUAAUAAUGUUGAUGGAGACAACAAUGAUAUGGUGCUCAAGGAUAAGGUCCCAUUCCCAUUGGAAAAUAAGUCUGCAUCUUUACAUGUAUGCGAAGAGCACAGAGUUGUGUUCAAGGGUGUGGAAAAUGGUUCACAGUCUGCAGAUAAUAAUGUUGGUGGAGACAAUGAUGAUAUGGUGCUCAACAAUGAGGUCCCUUACCCAUUGGAAAAUAAGCCUGCAUCUUUGCAUGUACAUGAAGAGCACAGAGUUGUGUGCAAGGAUGUGGAAAAUGCUUCACAAUCUGCAGACAAUAACAUUGAUGGAGACAAUGAUGAUAUGGUGGGGCUCAAGGAUGAGGUUCCUUUCCUAUUAGAAAAUGAGUCUGCAUCUUUACAUUUACACGAAGAGCACAGAGUUGCGUUCAAGGAUGUGGGAAAUGAUUCACAAUCUGCAGACAAUGAUAUUGAUGGAGACAAUGAUGAUAUGGCGGUGCUCAUGGAUGAGAUCCCUUUCCUAUUGGAAAAUAAGCCUGCAUCUUUACAUGUACAGGAAGGAAAUAAUGUUGAUGGAGAGAUCGAUGAUAUGGUGGUGCUCCAAGAUGAGGUCCCUUUCCUGUUGGAAAAUAAGCCUGCAUCUUUACAUGUACAGGAAGAAAAUAAUGUUGAUGGAGAUGACGAUUAUAUGGUGGUGCUCAAGGAUGAGGUCCCUUUCCUAUUAGAAAAUGAGCCUGCAUCUUUACAUGUACAUGAAGACUACAGAGUUGUGUUCAAGGAUGUGGAAAUUGCUUCACAAUCUGAAGACAAUACCUUUGAUGGAGACAAUGAUGAUAUGGUGGUGGUCAUGGUUGAGGCUGAACUCCUUGAGUUAAGCUGCUCCUUACUAGAAACUACUUCUGAGAUACAGAAAGCAUCCAAGACAAUGGAAGCUACCCCCGAUGAUGGAGAUGAUACAGCUUCCAAAUUCCAUUCCUUGUUUACUGGUACAUCUGGCAUGAAACUCAACUUGGAGGAGCAACCUGAUCAGGUCCCCACUUCCCCUGCUCAAUUUCAUGAAGAACCAGGAAUGCCGCUGAUGUCUGAAAAUUCAGAUUUUCCAGAGCUUAACUCUAGCAGUUUCGACGUAUUCGAAAGCCCUACAACUGAAGUGCAGAGGCAGAAUCAGACGAACCGUAUUGACUCCCUCAGAGGCAGUGCAUUUGCUAGUUCUGAGUCUCCUGCCUCACCUUCGGAGAUGCCUGCUCAUUCAAAUAGCAGCAAUGCCUCACCUACAGUUACUCAUGAGUCUCCUGCCUCACCGUUGGAUGUGCCUGCUCAUUCAAAUAGCAGCGAUGCCUCAUCUACAGUUACUCAUGAGUCUCCUGCCUCACCGUUGGAUGUGCCUGCUCAUUCAAAUAGCAGCGAUGCCUCUUCUACAGUUACUCUUGAGUCUCCUGCCUCGUUGGAGGUGCCUGCUCUUUCAAAUAGCAGCGAUGACUCACUUACAGUUACUCCUGAGCUUCCAAUAGCAACCACGCAAGGCAAGAAGAUCGUACGAUUCAAAUGUGAUGCUUCUGUUAAUCCGAACGACGACUUCCCUCCCUCAAGCAGCUCCCCAGCUAAAAGCGAAACCCAAACCUGCAACAGAUCUGAUUCCUCAGGCACUGAUGAUGGGAGAGGCCCACUACCUGGACCACAACAUUCGCCUUAUCAGACUCCAUUGAAACUGACAGAUGAAAUGCAGACACCGGGAACUGUUUAUCCAGCAAAACUGAUAACUACUGCAAUCCAGAAUGAUACCGGGAUCCGAUAUCAGUCCGUUUAUCCAUUUCCGACUUCAAUGGGGAACUUGGGUCCUUUGGAACAAUGCCCAGAAGAGGACAUUGAGCAGAUUAUUGAUGCAAAGCUUGAAUUGCUUUUGAAGGCAUGUGAGAAAGAUACAAGUGAUCCCACCGUUCCUGAUGAAAGUGCGGAGAGACUCGGCUGGGAUUCUAUUAGCAGGGACGACUUGGAUUUUAUGAGGGACGACUCGGAUUCUAUGAGCAGGGACGACUCGGAUUCAAGCAGUGAGGAUGGUGCCAACGUCAAUUAAGUGAUGGCCAUUUUGGUAUUCUUUUUCGUUACAUUUGAUGCAUAGGUGUUGUUCAUAAGUUCAGAUGCAACUAUGUUCUCUCUCUCUCUCUCUCUCUCUCUCUCUCUCGGAAUUCCUUUUAGUUACAUUUGAUGCAUGCAUGCUGUUCAUACGUUCAGAUGCAGCAAUGGUUUCUAUACCUCUCUCUCUCUCUC